ACGGGCAACCAGUAACCGCCUUUAUCAACAAGAGAAAGGACUCUCUGCUCUUUUCUUGUUUCAGGACGUUUCAGUAAUUUUUUUUUUGUUGUGUUUUUUUGUGAAGAAGGGCAGAAAAUGGCGGCUUUUCACCUUCCUGGCAUUGAGGACACCGAGCUAGAACUAUUAUUGAGUGAAAUAGGCUGGGAUCCUCGCUAUGCUUCUCCUGCACUCGACCCUUACACCAAAGACCUGAUGGAGACGGUUCAUGAAGCACAGAUGAAGCUUCUGCAUCAGCACAACUCUAAAAAGGAAACAGUAGAGCUACAGGAGCAGACGACUGAAAAACUCAAACGUAUGAAGGUACAACUGGCUGACACUGAGGCUCUGAUCAAGGCAAACACACAAGAAAUGGAGGUGGGGAAGCAUCUGUCAGCCCUCACCGAGAGAGAGUCGUGUCGCUUCGCUCAGCUGACAGCUCAGACUGAAACAGAGCUCAGGUCUACAGAUGAGAGGAUAGACAUAUUAGAGAAAGACUUGUUCAAGCAACAGCAGAAGCUUGAAGAACUCAGGCUUCAGAUGGACUGGGACCAGCAGCAGAUGGACAACUUCUUAAAGGAAUCAGCUGAAAAGGAUGACGACCUAAUGACCAUCAUUAAAUAUUCCCAGCAGGAUGAACACAGGAUCAAGGAACUCACUCUGGCCUUAGAGAAGAAGUCCCUGGAGGCCAAUGAAAAGCGAAAAGCCCUCGACAAAGAGCUAACAGAGACUAGAUCUGCAGAGUUAGCUUUGGCAAAGACCUUAGAAAACAUAGAGCAGACUCGCUCUGAGAUCCAGCAGCUCUUCAAUCAAUGUGAAAACACCAUCAAGCAGAAAAAGCAACUGGACUCCAAUAUGCAACAAUGCGCUUUGCAUCUUGCUCAAGGCAAGCAGCAAAUAUGGGAAAGGAAUGCCAGCAUUACAGAGCUGAAGCACAGGUUGGAUACGGAGAUGAAGAACAACGAGGAGCUUCAGAGGAACAUCGCAGCAAAAAAGAGGCAGGGGGUGAUAUUACAGCAGCAGCUGAAGGAGCAGGAGGACGACAUUGGCAGGAUGCAGGAUGAGCUCAAAAGCAGCAAAGUCAUGCUGGACGGAAACCUGUCCGAUGUCAGGUUUAUGAAAUCCCAAAUAUCCAGAAUGAAGAAAGACAUCGCACGCAACGAUGAAAAAAUAAAGGAGGGUGAGGUUUACAACGCUGCUCUGGAGGAGAAGCUGGGGAGUGUGAUCCAGACUGCUCUCAAUGAGGAGGAGAGAGCUGCUCAGAUGGAGCAGAUGAUUAAGGAAACUGAUCAGGCCAUCAAGAAGUUGGAAGUUCAGCAAAAUUACCUGAUGGAGGAGCUAUUCCGCCAGAAACACCAGUUCAAGCUCCUCAAAGAGAAGGAGAAGAGUCUCACCACCCAGAUUUCGACGAAGAAAUUCACCACGUCCAGCUUGCAAAAAGAGCUCAAUAAGCUGGAGAAACAACAGACUGAUCAGCAGAUGAUCAUGAACAAACAGGUCGUUAAGAUACAUUGGCUGCAACUCCAAUUAGCCAAGCUGAAGGGUGACGUUCAUGAGGAUGAGAAAGAGGUGUUGGAGACGAGGCUUGGUGAGCUGAACAAAACUCUGGAGGAAAAGAAAUCGACAGCCAAAAGUCUUAAGAGUGCGCUUGGGGACUGUGAGGCUAAUAUACACUUUAUGAGGAAGGAGAUGGAGAAGUCAGAGGCCCUGAAGAGAGACCUGUCUGACAGGGUCCAGGAGAAGGACCAAGUUUCUGAAUAUCUCAAAAAGGAGUUGAAGAAGCUGCAACUGAAAAACAUGGAUGUGAAAGUGGAGAACAACGUCUUACGGAGAGAAGUGAAGCGUGUCCGGGAUCUCGUCUACGUAGAGGCAGAAAGCAUGCUGUCCCUGGAGAUGAGGAAGUUAGAGCUGGAGAAAGUCAUGCAAGAGAGGGAGCAGGAGAUUAAAGUUUACACGGGAAUGCUCAGACAGCAGCUGAAGAUUACUGAGAAGGACAGGCAGCAUCUGAGCAUGGAAUUAAAUGAAAAACUGUCCAAAAUUGACAAGAUGAAGAAACGUUUUGAAGCCAUGGAAAAAAAUAUGACUGGUCCUGAGGAGAAAUACCAGACUUGCAUCACUAAGGCUGUGCUAGAGAAAAUGGAACUUCAACAGAAAACAGAUGAAAUAGACGCUCAAGUCCGCAAGAUGGAGCUCGAAACUAAAGCCCUCCAGAACACUGUGCAGCUGUUCACUGAUGGCUCCUCCUUCUUUCACAGUCUUCUCAACAAAGCAACGAAAUGCUGUCCAGAGUAUCAGGAAAACGAGAAGCAACAGGAGGAAAUGAAGGCCACCGAGGAAAAGCUGAAGUUAAAGAAGCAAGAAGUUUGUUCGCUACGCGAGGAAAUCCAGGACAUGAACAACACUUGGGAGAGUCUUCUGAAAGAUGAGACGGUGGAGAAACAUCAGAUACUGGACAAAAAGACUUUGAUUGCUAAACGGGAAAAAGAAGCAGGCUCCAUACAGGAGAGAAUAGGCAGAGCAACGAAGAAGUUCACUAAACUGACCAAAGAUAUCCGCUCAGCAAGAAACACCAAAAACGAGACUCUGGAGGAGCAAGAUCUGAAACUGAGAGAGUUAAAUGAAUUCAACAACACCAUCAGAAAGAUGGUGAAUAAGGCCAUAGAGGAGGAUCCUGAGCUCAGACCUGUGCUGGAGCAACACUUUAAACAGGCCAGCCUGCCCUUUCCAUCUCCUUCCUCCGUCCUCGGUAGUCAGCGGAGCUCCAAGAGGAGCUCUCCUCGCAUCCCCUCGUCUCUCAGGUCUCCUGAAUCUGCAGCAGGCAGCGGCUCUGAGCCUUGUGCAGCUCCCUGUCCUUGCGUGACAACUUUGAGCCUGGACCUGGACCUGAGCGGUGCCUCUGCUCCUCGAACACCUCCUAAAUGUCCCGCCUCUGCAAGCAGUGAAGGCAGCAGCAGAAGCAGGAAGAAAUAGACCUAAUUGGCCAAUUUUCUGUUGAAUUGAAGCUUUUAGCUAACAGCUUUUAACAGUUUGUUGUUUGACACAAUUUAUAUGGCUGUAUGUUCCAGAGUCACAUUAAUAAAAACAAAAGGAUCAAUAUUUUAAGAGUUUUUAUUUUA